AUGAAGGUUGUCGAUUUUCUUUUCGCUUUUUUUCUGGGAUUCCAAAUUGUGAAAGGCGAUAACCAUAUUUUGUCACGAGUUCGUCGUAUCAUCGGAGGGAAAUCCCUGGAGGAUGGAGAAGCGCCAUAUCUUGUCUUUGUCGCUGGAGGCCUCACAGUGACCCGUGGCAGGCGAAGCAUAUUCAAUUCUUUCAGGAGAAGAGGGGACUUUGAUCUGGACUCCCCGGAGCAGUGGUGCACUGGAAGUCUUAUAAAUAAGCGAUGGGUAUUGACUUCAGCACAUUGCUUCGAUGGAGAAACUGAAUUGGGCCGUAGUUUCAAAGAUCCUGAAUUGUGGAAAAUAAAGAUGGGAUCAGUUACUUUAAAGAAAUCAAGUGGCGGAUUAUCAUGGAUGAAUAGACUUACAUGGUUCAAGAAAACCUCUGACAAAGCAGCAAAAUCUGUAGAUGUAGAUAGAAUUAUCAUACAUCCAGGAUACAAUGAAGAUUUAAGUGAAGGCAAGGACGAUAUUGCAGUUGUUCGACUUUCUGACGACGUAUCCUUCGGGCCAGAUGUUCAGGAAACGAUUCUCAACUCUGACCACAGUUAUCCCCCGGAUGGGACAGAGUGUUCGGCGCAAGGGUGGGGCUGUAGCAGAUCAGGUGGAUCAGCAAGCAACGAAGCCCGUAUGGUGGACCUCCCCAUAUACGAUUCGGAUAGUUGCGGAGAUGUGUUUGACCUACGAUAUACUUUUUGUGCUGGGUACUUCAAUCGUAACAAAGGAAUAUGUCCCGGCGACAGUGGUGGACCUCUUAUAUGCAAGAGGGAUGGAAAUUUAGUCCAAGUUGGAGUAGCAUCCCUCGCUAACGAACACGAUCCAGGAAACUAUCCCGCUAUCUAUGUACGGGUGUCUACUUAUUUGGAUUGGAUACGGAGUUACACUGGAUGACGUGCAUGUACUCGCCUUGUCUUUAUAAUGUCAUAUAAAGCAUUCUGUUCAUAAAGUCAGAUACAUAAUACAACUUUCAACAUCAAUUUUUUUUUUUUAAAAUCUGAAAUAAUAUUUGAAAUAUAUACUAGACAUUUUCAUUACAAGUAUCUAAAUACUGUU